GGCAGGCAGGAGAAGCGCACACGCCGCGGGGGGUUUAAAAGCCUCAGCUGAGGAGGAGCUGCCCAGUACCAAGGAGCUGUGCGCCGGGAAAAGUUUACCUCUUAAGUAUCACACUCGAAGAUAAAGAGGGAGAAACCGCAGAGAUGGCAACUCAGGCACAGAAGUCGCCCCAGCUGCACCUGGCUGAAUUCACCGCGGCGCAGUUCAUCGACAUCUGGAAACAUUUUGACGCAGACGGAAACGGUUACAUCGAAGGGAAGGAGCUGGAGAACUUCUUCAAAGAGCUGGAGACUGUGAGACGAGGAGCAGGAGCAGGCAUGGAUCCUUCACAUGCUGCAUUCAAGGAAAAGAUGAAGGAGUUCAUGGCCAACUUUGACAAAAACUCUGAUGGGAGAAUUGAGAUGUCAGAGUUGGCUCAGCUUCUCCCCACAGAAGAAAACUUCCUCCUCUGUUUCAGAGAGUUUGUUGGAUCCAGUGCUGAGUUUAUGGCUGCCUGGCGGAAGUAUGACUCUGACCGAAGUGGAUACAUCGAGUCGAAUGAGCUGAAGGGUUUCCUGUCUGACCUGCUGAAGAAAGCUAACAGAAACUAUGAUGAAAAGAGGCUCAAAGAGUACACGCAGACAAUUCUGAGGAUGUUUGAUCUUAAUGGUGAUGGUAAGCUGGGCCUGUCAGAGAUGGCGAGGCUCUUGCCAGUCCAUGAAAAUUUCUUGCUGAAGUUCGAGGGCAUCAGACUCACAGUGAAAGAAUUUGACUCCCUCUUCACCCUCUAUGAUAAGGAUGGCAAUGGGUAUAUUGAUGAGCAGGAGCUGGACGCUUUGCUGAAGGACCUCUGUGACAAGAACAAAAUGGAUGUGGACUCAACAGGACUGGGAGGGUACAAGAAGAGCAUCAUGGCUCUGUCCGACGGAGGGAAACUGUACCGCACUGAGCUGGAGAUUGUCCUCUGCCGGGACUCCACGCUGUGACUUUCCUGUCUGAGACCCUGAGCUCCCCCAAACCCAAUGCCUCCUCCUUCCUACCUCCUGAUGCAUGUGUAACCCUUUACCCUGCUACAUCACUUAGAGUAAAAACAAGUGUACCGCUGGCUCUGCUGUUUUAGCUUUGAAUCCCCCUGAGGUCUCUUCUUUUUCUGAACUUAACAUGCAGCUCUGUAGUGAGAUAGUUACAGCAAUGACUACACAAAUAUGUUGUGUAGUUUUUUGUUUAUUGGAAUUCUUGUUUUUAAUAUGCAUUUUUUUUAUUUUUUACAUUCAUCUCAUAUCUUUAUGUUCUCCAAAUGAAUUUACAAUUAAUAGUUCUGUAACAUGUGUUUAUUUAUUUAUUUUGUUUAUUUCUAUUUAAUUGAAUAUUAUCCUGUUUCAUUUGAUGAGGCUUGUACUGUUCUAUUAAAGAUAUAUUAAAGAUAAUACUGCUGAGAGAAUGAAUAAAUCUGAAUAAAUA